CAUUCAGUACUUGCAGAAUGGAGACUAUCAAUGAGAACCUGCUCAAGGUGCAGGACACUUACUUUCGCAUUCUUGGAUUCAAUAUACUUGCUAGACCAGAGAUGUCGGGCUGGCGGCAGCAUUGGCGAGCCUUGGGCCUAAUGCUCUCCUUGACCAUGGUCCAAGCGAUGGUUAUUGCCUACAGCAUACAGAAUCUGGAGAAUAUGGAUCAGCUGACAGAGGGUUUGGCCGCGCUGCUCAUCAAUCAACUGGGCCUGUUCAAGUUCGGCCUCAUGAUGUGGCUGCACAAGGACUUUCAGCGGCUCGUGGCCAGGCUGCGAGAGCUGCUGACCGAAGGUACCAUGCCUGCCUACAUCAUCGGCGAGGAGAAUCGGCGGGAGCAGCGGCUCAGCGGCAUCUACAAGAACUGCUUUAUGCUGGCGGCCAUUCUGAGCUCCUUGAAGCCCAGCGUGAGCAUGUGCCUCAACUAUUGGCGCACGGGUCAGCUGCGGCUGGAGAUGACCUUUCCGUGCAGCUACCCCUGGGAUAAUCAACAGCUGCCUUAUGCGCUGCUCUCCUACGCCCUGUUAGCGUCCGCCAGCUUUGCUGUCGUCCUGCCCAGCAUUUGUGUAGAUACAUUUUUUAUGGCCCUCAUUCAUAAUCUUGUCGUCCUGUUUCAGACGUCGCAGCAUACGAUGCAGCUCUUUCGAGCUGGUGCAGGCAGCGAGGCACAGCUGGGCAAGAUCCUUGAUUUGUAUAGACGAAGCCUGGAUCUCAGCGCGGCACUGAAUCGUUAUUUUCGGCUGCUCAUCUGCGUGCAGUUCGUGGUGGGCUCCCUGCAUCUGUGCGUGCUCAGCUAUACGCUGUUGGUUAAGUUCGACAAUGCCCAGAUGCCCUUCUAUGUGGUAUUUACCGUAUCGGUGCUCUCUCAGCUUUAUAUCUACUGUUAUUGCGGCGAUCGCCUGAAGACGGCGAGCACGGGCUUCGCCAAUGCCAUCUACGACAGCCAUUGGCAUGAGGUCGCCCUUGAUUUGGCCCUGGGACGUUCUCUGCAGUUCUCGAUGAUGCGGGCGCAGCGCGGCAGUCGUAUCGAUGGCUUCUUCUUUGAGGCCAACAUGGAGGUCUUUAUCUCGAUUGUGCGAACGGCCAUGUCCUAUUUCGCAUUGCUGAGAUCCAUUUCUAAGGGCACUGAAUAAUCAACUUUACCUGCACAAAUAUAAGAUACUGCAAAAAUACCAAACAACAAAAAACAGUCUAGCAACGCUGCAAUAAAGAAUAACCUCAAAAAGAUAGAUAACGACAACAAACCAAGAAAUUAAAAACAUUUCGAG